AUGACCACGCUCCAACCCCGGCCGCCAUACUCCAAGGAGGAACUCCAGCGGCUCUACCCGGACAGCUUACAGCUUCAGCUGGUGCAAGUUCUCCUUCGCCAUGGCGAACGCUCUCCAGUAUCAGCACGCUUUCAAAAUGCUGGCCUCUCUGCCUUCUGGCCUUACUGCGAGGUGGCUAGGCAAAUGGUGAGCGCGACUCGAGCUGAUACUGAGUGGACUCCCAUGGAAUGGCGGCGCCGCCUUGAGACUUUUGGCCCAGAUGAUGGCGCUAUCAUUGCAGCGGGCCCACGAAGACAGAUCGAUAGCCUUUGUAAUCUGGGGGAAUUGACGGACAAGGGGAGAGAGACGACUCAUGAUCUGGGCGGACGACUGCGACGCCUUUACGUUGAUCAGCUGGGCUUUAUGCCAUCCACAAUCCACGACGCUGAUAUGAUAUACCUCCGAGCGACUCCCAUUCCCCGAGCUCUGGAAUCUUUGCAGCAGACAUUCUGGGGCAUGUAUCCCCGACAGAAUCGGGCUACCCCUUUCCCACCAGUUACCAUUGUGACUCGAGCACCGGCCGACGAGACGCUUUUCCCCAACGAGUCAGGCUGUAGGAGAUUCGCACAGCUAAGCCGUGCAUUUGCCCAGCGUACCUCGGAUCGUUGGAACAGCACAGAUGAGAUGGAGUAUCUUAAUAAGCUAAUGAGCAAGUGGAUGCCGGAAUACAGCAAACGGGUCGCUGUGGAUUCUCACCCAAGACUUUCCGGUAUCAUGGACACCAUCAACUCCACAUUGGCCCAUGGCCCUGAGACCAGACUACCCAAGGAAUUCUACGAUCGCAAAGCUAGAGAGAUCAUUGAUAGAAUUGGCGUGGAAGAAUGGUUCAGUGGAUACAAGGAGUCGAAGGAGUACCGUUCGCUGGGGAUUGGUGGUUUGAUGGGUGAUGUAGUGACCCGCAUGGCGGGCAGCGUGGAGCAAAAUGGCAACGACGGAUCCCUGGAAAUUGGAGGUAGAACCGGUUCUAUAGGGGCCGGAAGAGGAGGAGAGAAAGGCAUCAAGCUGGCUCUCAGUGGAUGCCACGAUACGACACUCGCAGCUGUGCUCGCAAGUCUGGGUACGUUUGACGGGGAGAAAUGGCCUCCUUAUACAAGUCACAUUGCUCUUGAGCUCUUCAGGAAACCGGGUAUCCAGCAAGUCCAACCAGCUACAUCAACUGAGACUGUAAAGACCACCCCAGCAACCGUUAAUGGGACAAGUCCCUCAAAAGGGUGGUUUGCCGGGUUAUUUGGCAACGGCUCAGCCAACGCCCAGAAAGGGUUUAAUAAUGCUGCACCGGGAAUUGCUAGACAAAAACUUGAGGAUCUCCCGGAAUCUGAUCGAUCGAAGUUGGAUGGGUACUUCGUUAGGAUGCGAUAUAAUGAUCGAGUUAUGACAAUUCCAGGUUGCAAAGCACCAGGUAAACAUUUGGAAGGCGAUGAGUCUUUUUGUACAUUAGCUGCAUUCAAGUCCAUCGUCGAUAAAUUUACUCCGGGGCAGUGGAAGAAGGAUUGUCUCAGCAACAUGGAUGUACCAGCCUUCCCGGACAAGAUAGAACCCGCAGGAUACUAA